AUGAAGUUGCUGCAGCAGCGGCUCGGCGGCAGCCAACCCGACUGGAUCAUCGCGUGCGACUGCAUCUUCGAGUCACUCUUCGGCUCCACCGACGGUGUCACGUCGAUCUUCCUGCUCCUCCGCGUGCUCGAGCUCCUGUGCUCGCCCACGACUCGUGUGCUCGUGGGACUGGAGCGGCGCACGGGAGACGGUGCCGAGAAGUUCCUCGCCGCCGCCGAGGGCGCGGGAUUCGUGGCGUCGCUUCGCCGGCGUCACGGGCGCGUCGUGAUUUUCGAGAUGGGGCGGACCCGCAUGCCCCGUGCGCAUGCCGAUGGGGCGACAUAG